ACUUUUUCCUUAUGAGGUACUUUUCGAAGAACGCCUUGUCGAAACGUUGUUUGAAGUUGUAUCGGCAAUAUUUGUUUCCACGAUGGCAAAUGCGGCAGGGAAAAAUGAUAAUUUCAGAAGAACAUGGGACAGAGAUGAGUACGAAAAGAAAGCUAAAGAGCGAGAACAAGAAUUAGAAGACGAAGAAGAUGAAUUGAGUUCAAAGGAGCGGCCAUCCGUUCCAGUGAAAAGGGAACUUUUGAAAAGGAGAGAUUAUGAUGUCGACCUCGAAGCAAACCUUGGGAAAUCGGUGGUUAUAACCAAGACGACACCUCUUUCUCAUACUGGAGGGUAUUACUGCAAUGUUUGUGACUGUGUAGUAAAAGAUUCAGUAAACUUUUUGGAUCAUAUAAAUGGCAAAAAACAUCAGCGAAAUUUGGGUAUGUCUAUGAAAGUAGAGAGGUCAUCGCUAGAUCAGGUGAAGCGACGGUUCGAGGCGAACAAGAGGAAAAGAGAAGAAGAAAAGCAGAAGAAAGAUAAAGAAUAUGACUUGGAAGAGAGGAUGGCUGUUUUGCGGGAAGAGGAAGAACUUCGGAAACAGCAGAGAAAGGUUGCUCGCAAAGAAAAGAAGCAAAAGACGGGAACAGUGGAUGAUGGAGAAAUUGAUCCUGAUUUGGCAGCCACCAUGGGUUUUGCUGGGUUUGGGUCGAGCAAGAAAUAAUGCUAUUAACUUUGUGACAGUUUUAUUAAGUUAAAUUUUAUUCAGUAGAAUAGUGAGUGAAAGAAGCCAGUAUAGAUAAUGAGGAUUUUCAAGACUCCUUCCUACUGUACAAGAUGGUCCUAAUCCAAACAAAAUGAAAUGUUGAUUUGACUCACUUAACAUUUAUUUGCAAAGAAACCAAAGACAGUGGGCACUGCAUGUCAUUUGAUUGUUUUUUCUUUUUUUUUUUUUAUAACAUAUAGUUGCCAGAAAAUAAGUAAUUUUUCUUGUUUCCUUGAAGCAAUUAUUUUAUCAACUUGCUCACACCUGAAAAUUGAAUGAUAACCAGGUCAAUGAGGGUCUUGCCUUUUACAAUUAGGCAAUUAGGUUUAUAAUGUCAGAACUGAAUGUUUCAAGAGGACUUUUGUUAAUAGAUGUUUGUUCUCUUAUUAGUUAGUCAGUUAGUAAUUUAGUUAGUUAAUUAG